AGUUUUUUUUUUCUCUUCACAUUUUGUUGUCAUUGGCUCCUGAUUUCAUAAAAUUUAGGGUUUCCAAGAAUUCUCCAUUUCUCUCUUGCCGACUCUUCCCCAAAGACUCUCUCUCUCGUCUCUCUCCUUCAUCUUUCUCUUAGAGAAACAAAUCAAUCAAAAGCAUACACAAAAAGAAAGAAGGGUUAACUGUAAAGCAGGAAGAUGGUGAGGGGAAAGACAGAGAUGAAGAGGAUAGAGAACGCGACGAGCAGGCAAGUGACUUUCUCAAAGAGAAGAAAUGGACUUUUGAAGAAAGCUUUUGAAUUAUCAGUCCUUUGUGAUGCUGAAGUUGCCCUAAUCAUCUUCUCUCCUCGAGGCAAACUCUAUGAGUUCUCUAGCUCCUCCAGUAUACCAAAAACAGUAGAAAGAUAUCAAAAGCGAAUACAAGAUCUUGGGUCUAACCAGAAGAGAAAUGAUAACUCACAGCAAUCGAAGGAUGAAACCUAUGGCUUGGCGAGAAAGAUUGAACAUUUGGAGAUUUCGACAAGAAAAAUGAUGGGAGAAGGACUUGACGCAUCUUCGAUAGAGGAGUUACAACAAUUGGAGAAUCAGUUGGACCGAAGCUUACUGAAAAUAAGAGCCAGAAAGUACCAAUUAUUACGUGAAGAAAUUGAGAAGCUAAAAGAAAAGGAGAGGAGCCUCAUUGCAGAAAACAAAAUGCUGAUGGAGAAGUAUGAGAAGCAAGGAAGAGGAAUAACAGCAAGAACACCAUCAUCAUCAACAUCAUCAGAACUAGACAUAGACAACAAUGAUGAAAUGGAAGUGGUGACUGAUUUGUUCAUUGGACCUCCUCCUGAGACUCGACACUUCAAAAAAUUUCCUCCUCCAAAUUAACGUAUAGUAUAUAUAUUUGCUUAUAAACAUUCACCAUGAAAAGAUUAAUAUCUCACAACUUUACAUAUUAUAUAUAGGGAAUUCAUAUUUUCCCUGCAAGAAAAGUUUAUGUUGAUGAUUACUGUAUUUAACUUCUUCUUCCUUAUUUUUUUUUUGUCUUUUGUAUCCU